AUCAGCUAUAUCGAGUUUGUUUUUAACCUACAAAUGUUAAAAUUAAUAAGAUUUAUUGUGUAAAACUCGCAUAAAAUGAAUAAACUAACAUCUUAUACGAUAAAGAAAAUCCACAAAUCAUACAUAGAAAAGAUAUUGACUCCCACCAGUUUCAUUGAUUUAUGUUUACAAAAAGCAAAGCAAGCUAGUGAAUUGAAUGCUUUCGUGACUCUCACUGUCGAAGAGGCGGAAAAUCACGGAAUCGAAAGUGAAAAAAGGCUUUAUAUCGACAAGAAUGUGAAACCCCUCGAAGGUAUUUCUAUCGGUAUCAAAGACAACUUUUGUACAAAGAAUAUUAGCACUACAUGCGCUUCAAAUAUGUUGAGAAACUUUGUACCAACUUAUGAUGCUACUGUUUACUCGAGACUAAGGCAGGCUGGAGCCUGUCUCAUUGGCAAAUGUAAUUUGGACGAGUUUGCUAUGGGUUCAGGAACAAUUGACUCCAUAUUUGGCCCAACAAGAAAUCCUUGGGGCUAUAGGAAGAAUGAUGACAAAUGGAGGAUUGCCGGCGGUAGUUCAGGUGGUAGUGCCGUCGCAGUUAGCUCGGGAGCAUGCGUGGCUGCACUGGGAUCAGAUACUGGUGGUUCAACAAGGAACCCGGCUGCACUGUGCGGAGUAGUAGGUCUUAAACCAACAUAUGGACUUGUAUCUAGGUAUGGUCUCAUACCGUUAGUGAAUUCUAUGGAUGUUCCUGGCAUUAUAGCCAGAACCGUUGAGGAUGUGACAGCUGUUCUCAAUUGUAUUGCUGGUCCCGAUGAACUAGAUUCAACAACUCUAAAAAGAGACUUUAACCCAAUCGUUAUGAAAGAGUUGGAUAUGUCAAAAAUUAAAAUUGGAAUACCAAAAGAAUAUAAUUGUGUAGGAAUGAGUAAAGAUGUACUAGAAACAUGGCAAUAUGUAACAAAAUUAUUAAAAAAUGAAAAAACCAUGAUAAGAUCUGUGUCUUUACCAAAUACUUCAGUGUCUAUUGCUGUUUAUUCAAUUCUGAACCAAUGCGAAGUAGCCAGCAACAUGGCUAGGUAUGAUGGCUUGGAAUAUGGACUGCGGGCAAAUGAGGACUAUUCUACAGAAGAAUUGUAUGCAUCUUCCAGAUCACAAGGUUUCAACAAUGUUGUGAGAUGGAGAAUUUUUGCUGGAAACUACUUCUUGUUGGCAAGAAACUAUGAUAAGUACUUCAUAAAGGCUCUGAAGCUGAGAAGACUAAUUUCUAAUGACUUUAAGAAUGUCUUCAAUGGAGAGGACAGUGUAGAUUUGCUUCUGACUCCGACUACAUUAACAGACGCACCUAGAUAUGAAGAUUUUGUAUCUAAACAUAACAGAGAUCAGUGCGCAUUUCAAGACUAUUGCACACAACCUGCAAACAUGGCUGGUAUUCCAGCAGUCUCUAUACCAGUUAGGCUGUCAAAUGAUAAUUUACCUGUAUCACUGCAGCUUAUGGGACCUUGCUUGUCGGAAGAUUUGUUACUUAAUGUGGCUCGAAAAAUAGAGCAGCUCGUAAAUUUUCAACAUACACAUAAUUUCUAAUAAUUAAACAAAUAUAGGCCAUGAAUAAACAUACAAAUUAGUGCUUAUCUUUGAAUAAAUAAAAUGUGGAACUUUAAUCGA